CGCGCAACUGACAAGGAGGCGGGGCCUGCAGCAGACUUGGAGGCUCCGCGCUCUGGAGGCUCAGGCGCCGCGUGGGGCCGGCACCUCUGGGCAGCAGCGGCAGCCGAGACUCACGGUCAAGCUACGGCGAGGAGUGGGUGGCUGAAGCCAUACUAUUUUAUAGAAUUAAUGGAAAGCAGAAAAGACAUCACAAACCAAGAAGAACUUUGGAGAAUGAAGCCUAGGAGAAAUUUAGAAGAAGACGAUUAUUUGCAUAAGGACACGGGAGAGACCAGCAUGCUAAAAAGACCUGUGCUUUUGCAUUUGCACCAAACAGCCCAUGCUGAUGAAUUUGACUGCCCUUCAGAACUUCAGCACACACAGGAACUCUUUCCACAGUGGCACUUGCCAAUUAAAAUAGCUGCUAUUAUAGCAUCUCUGACUUUUCUUUACACUCUUCUGAGGGAAGUAAUUCACCCUUUAGCAACUUCCCAUCAACAAUAUUUUUAUAAAAUUCCAAUCCUGGUCAUCAACAAAGUCUUGCCAAUGGUUUCCAUCACUCUCUUGGCAUUGGUUUACCUGCCAGGUGUGAUAGCAGCAAUUGUCCAACUUCAUAAUGGAACCAAGUAUAAGAAGUUUCCACAUUGGUUGGAUAAGUGGAUGUUAACAAGAAAGCAGUUUGGGCUUCUCAGUUUCUUUUUUGCUGUACUGCAUGCAAUUUAUAGUCUGUCUUACCCAAUGAGGCGAUCCUACAGAUACAAGUUGCUAAACUGGGCAUAUCAACAGGUCCAACAAAAUAAAGAAGAUGCCUGGAUUGAGCAUGAUGUUUGGAGAAUGGAGAUUUAUGUGUCUCUGGGAAUUGUGGGAUUGGCAAUACUGGCUCUGUUGGCUGUGACAUCUAUUCCAUCUGUGAGUGACUCUUUGACAUGGAGAGAAUUUCACUAUAUUCAGGUAAAUAAUAUAUAAAAUAACCCUAAGAGGUAAAUCUUCUUUUUGUGUUUAUGAUAUAGAAUAUGUUGACUUUACCCCAUAAAAAAUAACAAAUGUUUUUCAACAGCAAAGAUCUUGUACUUGUUCCAAUUAAUAAUGUGCUCUCCUGUUGUUUUCCCUAUUGCUUCUAAUUAGGACAAGUGUUUCCUAGACAGAAAUAAAAGGCAUUAAAAUAUUCUUUGUUUUUUUUUUUUUGUUUUUUUUUUUGAGAUGAAGUCUCGCUCUGUUGCCCAUGCUGGUGUACAGUGGCACAAUCUCGGCUCACUGCAACCUGCACCUCCUGGGUUCAGGCGAUUCUCCUGCCUCAGCCUCCUGAGUAGCUAGGAUUACAGGCACCCAUCACCAUGUCCAGCUAAUUUUUGUAUUUUUAGUAGAGACAGGGUUUUCCCAUGUUGGCCAGGCUGGUCUCGAUCUCCUGACCUCAAAUGAUCCGCCCACCUCAGCCUCCCAAAGUGCUGGGAUGACAGUUGUGAGCCACCACACUCAGCCUGCUCUUUCUAAUAUUUGAAACUUGUUAGACAAUUUGCUACCCAUCUAAUGUGAUAUUUUAGGAAUCCAAUAUGCAUGGUUUAUUAUUUCUUAAAAAAAAAUAUUCUUUUACCUGUCACCUGAAUUUAGUAAUGCCUUUUAUGUUACACAACUUAGCACUUUCCAGAAACAAAAACUCUCUCCUUGAAAUAAUAGAGUUUUUAUCUACCAAAGAUAUUCUAGUGUCUCAUUUCAAAGGCUGCUUUUUCCAGCUUACAUUUUAUAUACUUACUCACUUGAAGUUUCUAAAUAUUCUUGUAAUUUUAAAACUAUCUCAGAUUUACUGAGGUUUAUCUUCUGGUGGUAGAUUAUCCAUAAGAAGAGUGAUGUGCCAGAAUCACUCUGGGGUCCUUGUCUGACAAGAUUCAAAGGACUAAAUUUAAUUCAGUCAUAAACACUGCCAAUUACCGUUUAUGGGUAGACAUCUUUGGAAAUUUCCACAAGGUCAGACAUUCACAACUAUCCCUUCUACAUGUCCACACGUAUACUCCAACACUUUAUUAGGCAUCUGAUUAGUUUGGAAAGUAUGCCUCCAUCUGAAUUAGUCCAGUGUGGCUUAGAGUUGGUACAACAUUCUCACAGAAUUUCCUAAUUUUGUAGGUUCAGCCUGAUAGCCAUUGGAGUUCUCUGGUCCUCAUUAAAUAGCUUUCUUCACGCAUUGCUCUGCCUGUUACACAUAUGAUGAACACUGCUUUUUAGACUUCAUUAGGAAUUUAGGACUGCAUCUUGACAACUGAGCCUAUUCUACUAUAUGUACAAUACCUAGCCCAUAAUAGGUAUACAGUACACAUUUGGUAAAACUAAUUUUCAACCAAUGACAUGUAUUUUUCAACUAGUAACCUAGAAAUGUUUCACUUAAAAUCUGAGAACUGGUUACACUACAAGUUACCUUGGAGAUUCAUAUCUGAAAACGCAAACUUAACUAUUUGAUUGUAUUCACUGGGACUUAAGAAUGCGCCUGAAUAAUUGUGAGUUAGAUUUGUUCUGGCAGGCUAAUGACCAUUUCCAGUAAAGUGAAUAGAGGUCAGAAGUCGUAUAAAAGAGGUGUUGUCAGAACACUGUUGAGAUUACAUAGGUGAACAACUAUUUUUAAGCAACUUUAUUUGUGUAGUGACAAAGCAUCCCAAUGCAGGCUGAAAUGUUUCAUCACGUCUCUGGAUCUCUCUAUUUUGUGCAGACAUUGAAAAAAUUGUUCAUAUUAUUUCCAUGUUAUCAGAAUAUUUGGUUUUUUAAAAACAUAGGCCAAGUUCAUUCACUUCAUUAUUCAUUUAUCAAAAUCAGAGUGAAUCACAUUAGUCGCCUUCACAAUUGAUAAAGAUCACUGAAGUCGAAUUGAUUUUUGCUAUAAUCUUCAAUCUACCUAUAUUUAAUUGAGCAUCUAAAAUGUACAAAUCAUUGUGUUGAUUCUGCAGGGAUCCUAUUAUAAGUAAGACUCAGUCCCUGAUUUUAGGUAUCCUGUGAUAAGCAGAAUUAAGACAAAUACACGAGACAAAGCACAAAAAAUAAAUAUCAUAAGGGGAUGAACAAAAUUGUGGAGAAAGAGUAGACAAAGUUUUUGAUCACCUGCCUUCAAAGAAAGGCUGUGAAUUUUGUUCACUUAGACAGCUUGGAGACAAGAAAUUACCCAAAAGUAAGGUGAGGAGGACAGGCAAAAAGAGUAGAAAGAUGUGAAUGGACAUUGUUGAGAAAUGUGAUAGGAAAACAAUCAUAGAUAAAGGAUUUCCAAGCAACAGAGCAUAUCCAGAUGAGGUAGGAUGGGAUAAACUCUUAUUGAACCAAUCUUCACCGAUUUUGUUUUUCUUUUGCAGAGCAAGCUAGGAAUUGUUUCCCUUCUACUGGGCACAAUACACGCAUUGAUUUUUGCCUGGAAUAAGUGGAUAGAUAUAAAACAAUUUGUAUGGUAUACACCUCCAACUUUUAUGAUAGCUGUUUUCCUUCCAAUUGUUGUCCUGAUAUUUAAAAGCAUACUAUUCCUGCCAUGCUUGAGGAAGAAGAUACUGAAGAUUAGACAUGGUUGGGAAGACGUCACCAAAAUUAACAAAACUGAGAUAUCUUCCCAGUUGUAGAAUUACUGUUUACACACAUUUUUGUUCAAUAUUGAUAUAUUUUAUCACCAACAUUUCAAGUUUGUAUUUGUUAAUAAAAUGAUUAUUCAAGGA